UUAGAGUAAUUAAAAAAGUUAGAUUACUACUGACUGCCAAAACCCUCUCCAUAAAUCUUGAUUAUUUCCUUCAUUGCCUCCAACCGUUGCAUCGUCACUACAAGUUCCCCGGAUCUUCGGCCGUCGCUACUUUUGCCGACAUCUCCCAGUCACUUCCGAGACCAACGCCGGUGAGCGUUUCGUGACGUUUCGAUAUUUGGUUCGGAGGUUUGUGAUGGAGGCUACGAAUUGGAAAAGCUCUUCAGGAGGAGCUAGUGAUACUGGUGAUGAAGACAAUUACGAACAAGACAUAAACGACGAAGAAGAAUGUCUCAGUGCAUCGCGGUGCUUGCGCAAGUUGCAAUUCAGGAAGCAUGCUUCAACUGCUCGAUGGAACGAUCAAAUGGGAAUGGCAGAAGUUUUAGAGAACAAGGGCAGCCUUUGGACGACAACUGGCAUUGUACGUUGUGGCAAGAUUUAUUGUACCAUUGAGGAAACUUUAUUUCUUAUUGAAGUCGGGGCCUUACAUCUUUUGGAUCAUGAUAAUUCAACUCUUUCGUUGAAAGAUGUAUAUAAGAAGGUAGCUGAAGGAAGAAGUGGCUGUAUCUGGGAGCAGUUUGAGGUUUAUAGGCACCUCAAAUCUCUUGGUUACAUUGUUGGAAAGCAUAAAGUUCCUUGGUCUCUAAAGAAUGUUAGGAAUGACUGUGACCUUUCAUCUCCAAGUUCUACUGAAAAGAAAGGAGUAUCAGAUGUCAAAUCAGAAGAUGAGCAGUUGAUUUCCGGGCUAUUAAAUGCCAUUCAGCUCGAUGAAGUGACACCCAUUUUUGAUGUUUUUCUUCCACAUAACAAAUUUAGAAAAUCUUCUCCUGGUGACCCAAAUUUUAUGGUCUGCUUGGCUAGGGGAUAUCCACCAUCAAAAGAAGAGAUUGAAGUUCUUGAGAGAACAUCAAGAGGCAUUCCAAUGAAAUAUUGUCAUGUUGAACAUGGAAGAGUCUGCUUCUUUUCAUUUGAUAAGGUGGAGCUCCCUCUCUUACCUUGACAUUGUUGUGGAUUACUCUGCUAUCCAUCAUCAUCAUCAUCAUCAUCAUCAUUUCUAUUAGUAGUUGGUGUUUUAUUUGAAUUUUAUUUUAUGUUUUCUUUUGAGUCAUGAGCACAGGGAUUCCUAUUUCUUGUAUUCAGCUGCUAUAGCUUGUUUCUUGAAAUUGAUUAUAUGAACUACUUUGGAUA